GACAAGCCGCGAUUUUGGGUUUUGUUUCCUCUGCUCUUGCUGGGUUUCUCAGAGAGUAAUCGUACGAUGAGUUCUAGGAGAUUGGUCAGGAGAGCAUUGAUUCUAGACGAGGACGAUGAGGACGAUGUGGUUUACAGCUUCAAGGUCCUCUUGCCUAACAGCACGAGUGUGCCCCUCACGGUCAUUAACCCGGAACCUGAGAUGCUGAUGGGGAGUUUUGUCGACCUGGUGAAGGAGGAGUAUGAAAAAGCACGAAAAAGCUGUCUGUUGAUGACCAAGAGGACAAGGAUUGACUGGAACUUGGGUGGAAAGUUUCAUCUCGAGUCAGAUGGUGAAAGGAUGAAAGGAAUGGUUCGCUUUGCUGCGUUCAAGCCCUACUUGUGCCACAUAAUACGUCUUGAUGACGGUUCUGGUGUAUGUUCCAGCAUGUAUGAGAACUUGUGGGAUUUGACACCUGACACUGAUCUUCUAAAAGAGCUACCUGAAAAUUAUAGCUUUGAGACAGCUCUUGCGGAUCUAAUAGAUAAUUCUUUGCAAGCUGUGUGGUCUUGUUCCCCCGGAGAGCGAAGGCUGAUUAGUGUGGAUGUUUCUGCUGAUCGGAUCUCACUCUUUGAUACUGGAAGAGGAAUGGACAGUAGUGAGGAAAAUGCUAUUGUUAAAUGGGGAAAAAUAGGGGGCUCAUUACAUAGAUCUGAAAAGACUUUUGCUAUUGGAGGCAAACCACCAUACCUUAAGCCAUUCUUUGGGAUGUUUGGAUAUGGAGGUCCUUAUGCUUGUAUGUUCUUGGGAAGGUGCAACUUCAGCUUCUGUUUUGUCAAACCUAUGAUCUUCUGCAUUAUCUUCCUGCGUUUAACUCUCUUCUUUAUUAGGCGUACGUUGGUGUCUUCUAAGACUAAAGAGUCCAAGAAAGUAUUUACUUUGCAAUACGAGAAAGAAGCCUUGAUUGGCAACCACUCAGUCUCUGGAAAACACUGGAAGACUGGUGGUGGCAUGAGGGACCCGACAGAGGAUGAAAAUAAGUUAUCGCCUCAUGGAAGUUUCACAAAGGUUGAAAUAUUUGAAUCAGAAUUCGACAUGUCCAAAAUAUACCAACUACAGUGCAGGCUUAAGGAUAUUUACUUUCCUUACAUUCAGUGUGACGAACUUUCCAAAACUGGGAGGACUGAAAGGCCUGUAGAGUUUCAGGUCAGUGGAGAAGAUUUAGCUGAGAUAGCAGGUGGUGAAGUUGCCAUUACCAACCUAAACUCCAAGGGUGAAGAAUUUUCGUUUCAGAUUCGAUUCAGUCUUACAAGUGAAAAACGAAAAGGGAAACCUCAACAAGCAAAUGCUCGCCUCAAAUUUGUUUAUUUUCCAAUCGUCCAGGGAAAAGAAAGCAUCGAGAAAAUUUUGGAGGGAUUACAAGAGGAAGGAUGCAAAGUUUCCGAAAGCUUCGAGACUUUUGGUCGUGUUUCAAUAAGAAGGCUUGGUCGUCUACUUCCAGAAGUCCGUUGGGAUUCAAUACCGUUCAUGCAAAGAGGUAACAGAGCGUCUACUUUGCUGAAAUCUUGCCGAAGAGUAAAAUGCUUUAUCGAUUUGGAUGCUGGUUUUAACCCAACGCCCUCCAAAACCGACCUUGCAAGCCAAAAUCCUUUCUCAGUGGCUCUAAGAAACUUCGGUAGUAAACAGACAGAUAAGGAGAAGGAUACUGAUGUCAAAAUGGUGAUUCACCGAGAAGGAAAACCACUCACACAAUUGGAGCAGAAUUAUCAGGAUUGGGUUAUGAAGAUGCAUGAUGCCCAUGAUGAAGAGGCUACGUCGGGUGAAGAUGAAGCUAUUCUCGUUCUUGAAUCCUUGGAUAAAAAGGCUCUUGGCAUUUUGCGUGAUGCUGUGAGGGUGCACAAGGUAGUCACGAGAAACGGAAAGUUGUGGAAACGUGGUCAGAAUAUAAAGCUUCUGAAAGGAGCUUGUGGUGGGGUUCACAAUGGUAAUAUCUAUGCUACCAUUGACUAUUUCUUAAUAGAAGGGUUUGAAGACGAAGCAGGCGGUGAUACUCGGAUUCUUUGCAGGCCUAUCGAUUGCCCUAAGAAAGAAGGAUGCAAGCUUUCAUGCAUCGAUGGAAGUUGGAGACUGGAACUUAAGAAGUCUUUAACAUUGCCUAUUACUAUAAUCGACUCUGGAAAGUGCCUACAUGCAGAUGCAGACGAAUGGACUAGAAAACUUGAAAGGCAACAGGAAAAGGCACCUUCCAAAAUUGAUUUGCUGGAUGAGAGGGAUUGCAGAGAAUUGAACAUUGAUGGGGAACUACCAGUUUCUGUGCGUGUUGGGAGAGCUCCCCCGCAGCAAAUUGUGGCAGUUAUUCGACCUGCAUCCUUCACAUCUGUUACACCGUCAAAGAAGUUGGAACAGAAGCAUGUUGUUAGUAUGGAGGGAAAAGAAAUGGUCAUGGUGGUAAAACUGGCAGACCCAAAUACGAAACCAAGUGCUAAGGUUGCCACCAAAUCAGUGUGUUCGCAGCGCGUGUUUCCUACGUCCUGUAAAGGGAUUGGUGGUCUCUACAUCUUCUCCCUUCGCUCCAAGUUUCCGAACCUCUUCAAGAGAGCUGGCACUUACAACUUUUCUUUCUCUAUCGGCGACUCGAUUAGGUGCAACAAAACGGUUGUUGUAAAACCUUCUUCAAAGGCAGCAAAGUGGAAACUUGAUGAUAGUCUGGACCCCCUGCCUUGGAAUGUUCGAGUUGGUUCGUGUCUUGGACCUCUCCGUAUAGCCUGCUUUGAUGAGUAUGAAAAUCAGAUACAGUUCACUUCUGUUCCAAGCCUGGAAGUUGAACUGAAAGCCAAUCCUGGAUUUCAACUCAAGAUUGAUGACUUUGAGGCCAACCUGAUAGAUGGAGGAUCAACUCUCAUGAUCAAGGAAAUGCUCGUUGAGACUGAUGAAUUAGACAAGAUCAGCCCAAGUUAUGAUGCAACCUUGGAGAUACGCGCACAGGACACACCUUUAUGUGUCUCGACUGCUUGUAAAGUGAACCCCGGGCCUCUGAAACGUAUUGAAGUGAAUAAUCCUCAGGCUUUUGAAAAUUUGCUUCCAGGUUCUACUGUUGAAAAUUUGAUUUUGGAGAUGUUCGAUGGAUUCAAUAACCACAUCGCAGAAGGGACCAGUGUUCUGAUAAAAACUGAUGGCUACUGUGUCGAAGACUGGAUGGGUGACAACCGUAAGGUUGAUGGUCAUGGCUGCAUUGAUCUCUCUGGCAUUCUCAAAGUCACAGAAGGCUAUGGAAAACAUGUCUCAUUCUCUGUUGUGUCUGAUUGUAAAGAGAUCUUUCGGAAAGAGUCUCAAAUCGAGGAACGAGAGCUGAGGCUUGUAACAGAGCUGCCGGAGUCCUGUACUGCGGGUUCAAAUCUUACGAGCCUCAUUUUCAAAGUGACGGAUUCAGAUGGUUCUUUGGAUACUAGUAUUCAUCAUGACGAAAAAACCAGGUGUAUCCACACCCUGAGCGUUGAAUCUGAUUCAAGCAGCGUUGAGAGUGGAAUCAGAUAUGCCUUUGUCCAUGGCUCCUGCAAAGUUCCUUCUCUUUCCCUACCUGAGACCGAGGGUAUCUUCUCCUUCAAGGUUUUCCAUUCUCGGUAUCCUGAGCUUCAUGUGAAUUUAGAGAUUCUGAUAACGCCUGCUCCAACAAGUGAAAGAGAUGACAUUGGUUGUUCAACACCUUACUCAAGGAUGACAUCAACACCUCAAUCAGGGAUGGCUUCAGCCACUCCGUUUCCAGGGGUGACUCCAACUCCCAGUUUAGGAUUGGAACGAACUCCAUGUUCACAGUUUGGUGUUUUGGCCAUUAGGUCACCGUCAUUGGAUGGCAGUUGCCCAUCUGGCGUGAUGGAUAUAGUGCAGUACACUCAGAGUUUAAAGCAGGAACUCAGUACAUACGAGGCACAGCGAGAGGUAACAGAUGAGCGCCUAAAAUGUUUGGAGGCUGAACAAGAACAGGUCGAGCAAGAGCUGAUUACUUUUCAAGCUUCUCUCGAACCUCAAGGAGUGGCGUUCCCAGAGUGUUUAUCUACCAAAGAACAAAUGAUGAAACACAUUGAAGAGGAGCAUUACAACACUGCGGCAUCGGUUUUCUGUUCUUUGUACAGAAAGGCUCCGCCUCCGAAGUCUCGGUUUCUGUCAAACAAAGGAGGAAAAGGAGAAGUGUUUGGCAUUGUAGCCCUUCUUGGUUCAGUUGCCUCCACCUCACUAAGCAGGGUAUUAUCUGUAUAUUUGGGGAAUGACACAAUGCUUGCGUUGGUAUGCAAAUCAUCAGCAUAUGGACCAACAAGCUGUGCUGAGUACCUGAAGCUUCAAUCUGAAACUGAGUACCAGAGGCUUCAAUCUGAAGCAGCUAAGCUCGGACGAUCUAUAACCAACGAUUUGCUUAUUCACUGUCUUGAUGCGUUCAGACCUUGGAGCAGUGGACUUAUGAAAAAUGAUCCCCAGAGGAGAUUAGCCAUGGUUAACCCUUCCCUGUCCAAUGGAGAUCCUAUACCAGGUUUCAAAGAUUACGCGGUGAACAUGAUCGAGUUGGCUACAGGGGAGCUGGAUAUACAAACAAAGUUGGGUCACGGGCUUAGAGAGACGCUCUUCUAUGGCCUUUUUGGAGACUUACACGUAUAUGAGACAGGAAGGGAUCUUGAAGCAGCCCUUCCUUUCAUCAGUGGUAGUGAUGCUGUGUCUCUAGAUGGUCUGAUCUCCAAAAGAAACGGACUCAUGCACUCUGUAUGCCUCAUUCCAGAAGUUCAUUUUCCAGUGACAGUAACAGAGAAUCACGAGAAGACCUUGGUGAAGAUGGAAAUAACAAGGGAGAAGAAGAGAAAGCGUGAGGAGGAGAUACUUGAGGAGAGAGGUUUGUUGAGGAAGAUAGAGAAAAAGAUGAAGAAGGCAACGAAGAAGUACGAACGUUUCAAAGCCAUGGCUGACUCUCAGGACGUAUAAAUGUUAAUGGGACAUGAAGAAGAGUCGUUUUGGUGUUAGUUUUUAGUUCAUGAAACUUGGAUCUUGUUUAUUAUUGUGUCGUUUAGGACUGAUCUUUUGUGAAUAUGAUCUGCGUUUGUUGUUUGCAAACUCUAUGCUGUCGAAAAAGUUGGUUCAGAAACAUAUUGUGAUGAUGGAUGGAGAGAUGCUCAUGGAAGUAGAAGUGCAAGGCAUAAAUAAGAAAUCAAGGGAAAAGAAUGCAAAACCUUUGUAUUCGGA